AUGGACGAUAGCGUGUACACGGCCGAAGCCAACAAGACGCUGACGAUCCAAGGCUCGCGCGUCCUGCACACCCACAUGAACCUCGAUACGGCGACACGUAUGCUCGAAUUUGGCGCUGGCGCCGGCACCGAAGAUAUUCUCUCGCGCCUCUCGCCGCAUGCGACGCUGCUUAUAACGGACCUCGCGCCUGCGAUGCUGCCGCGUCUCAAGCGCUGA